GAGCUAUCGAUCCCAGUUCCCACACCAAGCAGCUCUCGUUUCAACCUUGGCCCUUGGGUCACAUCCAGAGGAGGGUCACAUGCUCUCUCUCUCUCAGCUUUUCUGUGAACGCUGAAGAGGUUCUCUGUGUAGUUAGUACAAGCAAGCUUCGACAAGGGCGUGAAAGACCCUGAAACGAGGGUUGUCUCCUCUCGUAAACCCAUCGAUUCCUUUUAAUUUGGUUGGUCCUGUCGAAGCGGCCAUGACCUUCUUCUUCGUCUACCAGAUCAAAACUGCAGUAUCAUGAGGAGAAGGAUGGCUGGAUUUUCUUUUCUUUUUUCUUUCCUUUGUGUGCUGCGAGCUUCUCUAGUUUUAUUUGGUUCAUCAUGAGAGAGAAGUUCUGUUAAAUAUAGGGGAGAAUGGGCGAAGAUAGCUGGGGUAUGCAACCUUCUGGAGCUCCACUUAAUGUGCAGAGAGACGAGCACUGGAGAAAUUUUGAUAACUCUGUUAAUGCUGUUUCUUUUGGAUUUGUUGCAACUGCGAUUCUUAUUUCCAUGUUUCUCGUUAUGGCCAUCUUCGAGAGAUUUCUAAGGCCGAGAUCAACCGGACUAACGCCUUCUGGCGGUAGAAAUCACAACGAUCUCGAGGCGCAGAUGGCCUUCAACGGAAAGCUUGGUCACCCAUCACCCAAAAUGUCGAUAUAUGCUAGUGGUGUGUCAGUGUUGAUGCCAGGAGAAGAAAUUCCCACCUUCAUUGCUCACCCAGCUCCUGUGCCAUGCCCUCCAGAGCGUGUUUCAUGGCCUCUCCACCAGCAUGUCUCAUUCAACUGCCCUGCCACGGGUGUAAACUCAACCUUGACUUGAAAAGAAAAAGUGUAAAGAAGACAUUACUUUAGAUCCCUCCAUGAAGAAGAUCCAAACCAAGAAAAACAACUCUGAACAGAGGGAUCUUAAUGGAACACACCAAUCGAAUAUCAACAUCUCAAACUUGAGCAAGGACACCUUUUUUCCCCAUUUUUCUCAUGCAAAUACUGAAUAUGGCGAACAGGUUGUCCAGAUUCCAGGACAAUUUCAGAUGAGCAAAUUUAACUUGCUCUUGUUUGCAUGGGCUCUCUUUUGUGCCUUGAUUAUGAUUUCCUCUUAACAUUUUUGUAUCAGUGAUUGAGGUCUGUCAAACGUGACGAGUUUCUCGUCCUUUGAAUUGGUCAGUGGCUUGUAAAAAUCGAGGAAAAUAGCUGGGGUUUGGAAUGAGAGAUAAAGGCUAUUUGUUCAUUGUUUGUAUAAAAAAGGUUUGAAUCCAACUGUUUACUUUUGCUCAAGAAAAAUGCUAGUUUUGUAUCAAUUAACCCGGGGUAUGCCCAAAAACAGAUAAGAAACACAUGGAGGCUUCUCGAGCUAGUUCAAUGAGCUAGAACA